UAACAGCCGAGCGAAUAAUAGCCACCGGUGGCCGAAAGCACCUGGUAUUCUGAGGACACGCUCAGGUCAAGGGCUAUUUUUACCACAAAGCCCUCACGGAUGACCAUCUAAGCGUGAGAAUCACUGACCACAGCUGCCUUGGACAUUACCUAGGGUAAUUUGAAUACAGUUGCUCUCUGAACAGUCCCGGAGUUGCCACCAUACAGCACUUUCAGGUCAUGUGAGUUCAUGGUACCACGUGACCAGGCUUGUAGUAUACCGAGGCCUAUAUGUGCGGACAUGUUACAUAACUCACUAUUUCCAGCAUGACCUCGAGUGGCCGACACAAAACGAAGUCAAAAUGAUGUAACUGAAGUCCAUCUCAAGGCUCGGUAUGCACAAGACAAUGUCCAUCAACCGGCAUAAGCUUGUGGCUCAGAUAAACGUUUGGGCCUUUUCGUGAAAGAAAGCUGGUUGAACUGGGGUUGAUGAUGUACACGGAGGGUGAAGACCGUGACAAGCAACCAAGAAUGUCUACCUCACCUUCAGAACAAGACUUCAGUGUUAAUAACAUGAAUACGGAUGACACGGCUACCUCACAAUACAAUGGUCGAUGUUUACCUCAUAUGUCAAGCAUGCACCAUAAUGAUCAGAAUAGGUCAGAAGAUUACUUGUCGAGUUCACCUGGGAGUCCUGGUACGGACAAAUCGUAUAUACCUUCAAGGAAACAGAGAGAGUUCAUUCCGGAAAAUAGGAAAGACAACUGCUAUUGGGAGAAACGUCGGAAAAACAACGAGGCUGCUCGCCGAUCUCGAGAGAAACGCCGUCUGCACGAUUUUGCACUCGAAAACAAGAUAUGUGACCUUAAUGAUGAGAACCGUAUACUCAGGAAGGAACUCAUUGCAGUUAAAAAGAAGUUCGGAGUUCCCCUGGACAAAUGUUUCACCUUCUCGGAUGACGAACAAUCCGAUACCUCGGUAACGUCUGCUUCUCAACCAGGAAUGGCUCCUCUCGCACGACCCGGAGAAACUGUAACAACAAAAACUCAUGUUCCCCAUCCUGACGUUCUGAGUCAAGCAACCAUAUAUACCUCGCCCCCACCUUUGCUUGCAGUUGCAGGGGCAGUUCCUAUGUCUGUUCCUGUACAGGGUAUACCAUACACCAAUGGUGCAGCGUUCCCUUACUACCUCAUGCCAUCGUCUGAAGCUCACAGUAGAAUGAAUCACGAAAUGAACCCCUAUAGAGCUAGGUCAGAUGAACGAAUGAAUUCCGAGCCUCAAGAUCCAGUCCCAGCAUCAUCACUAGCAUCAAGACCAGCCUCCCUAUAUCACCAGGUUGCUGUGAAGAAGGAGCCUGGGGAGGAAAGAGACAGGCCUAUUAAUGCUUGUAUCAGCGGUCCAUCUUCUACUGCUCCCCAACAAUCUCCAGAGAUGCCGAUCAGAGGGGAAUAUCAUCAUCAUCUGCAUGAUCAAGAUUCCCAACCUGACGCAUGGAUGGAUUCCAACAGCAACAGCUACACAAGUGAUGAAGCCAUUGACGAACCUCUACAACUCACAGUCAACACGACUGGCAAAGAUAUGAUGUUACCUAGCCGCAUGCAUUACUCUGCUGAUUCCAGAAGCCCCCCAACAACAUUACCUUUGAAGCUUAGACACAAAGAGUUCUACACUCCAUCUAGCAAUUCUUCACCAUAUUCCACGCAUCCGUACAUGGAUGGCCUCGCUCAACUUUCGGAAAUAGCACUGGCUCAAGCAAACCCGCUACCUCUUGUUAAGAAAUCUCGCGACUACGGUUCCAGAAUGUCACGACGAGCUUCGGUUUCCGGAGAUAUGGACCCUAAAAUGCUUGAUCCAAAAUAUCUCGAGAGACGGCGCCGCAACAACGAAGCUGCACGAAAAUGUCGGGAAAACCGAAAGGCUUUAACAAGACUACGGGAAGCCAAGUCAGAUUACCUCGAAGGAGAAAACAACAAGCUCAGGGAUGAAAUGGAGGGGUUGACAGAAGAAGUGAAACAGCUCAGGGAUCUAAUUGAUAAGAAACAGGUGGAACAUGAAAUUAAACAACAUCACCACACCACGGAUCCGCCGGAUACUUCAUCAAGCUCCUAAACUACUCAUAUUCCACCAACACAUUUCUUCCGCUUCAAGGUGGUUGUUACAAUCCUGCCCGAGCACCAUGAGCCGUUGUAACCAGCAACUCCUGUAUGCACGCCCUUUCUGGUAUGUGAUCGUGUCUGUGUAUUUUGAACUUGGACAUGACUAACAUGGUAUACCCUCGAAAGCAAAAGGCCCGAGGUGCGUGUAUCGACUUCUAUCAGGAAGUACCUGGGAAGACAUCAGUGCUAGGAAGGUGGUAAUUUUCCAUGUCGUCACACCCAGGGCCGUUAUGCUCAACUUCACUGGCAUUGUUAUGAACUGUGAAGCUAUGUAGAAGCUUGUGAACUUAUGGAGUCCUCUGUUCCUGAAAACAGGGCUCCACAAAUCAGGUCCCCGAUUUCUCAGGAAAAAAGUGUUGCAUCUACAUUGUGCUUUGUAGUGUAUGCACCUGUAUGUUGCACUUCGAUAAUAACGGUAUUUGAUGAAGGGGUAAUCUUAAUAUUCACUGACAUUAACCUUCAUUUUAAAGCACUGAGAAAUAUAUUUAUCGAUAGAUUUACACGUCUGUAUUAAUGAUGGGUUGGGUCACUAGAUUCAUUGAGAUCUUUUCUGUAUUUUUGAAGAGUAGUUAGUGUAAACAGUUUAUUAUGCAUUGCCCCUUCAUCGUUGAGUGUGUCUUGCGCAAUGUAUCUGUAUGAUACAGCAGAUGUUAGUUCACGUGAUGUAAAUGCACAAAUAUAUUAUGUAUAUGUUCAUAUGCCAUAAUUAAUCAUAUUCGGGUAGAUAUUUCAUCGCCAAAGUAAGCAUUUGGAAUCAUUGUUUUAAAGUUGACGAUUUAUGAAUGAUAUGGUAUAAUCAGGUACUACACCUGUUGUGUUGGUUAUUUAUUAAUCAGGAACUAAACCCCCUCAAGAGGUAGCAUACAAUAUGGAUUCUAAAUCUUUCAAAUUGUAAUGAAAAUGGCCAAACUUGAUAUGUUUUUCUGACCGAAAAUGUUUUUUCAAAACACGCCAAUUAUAAAACAAACACGCGGAUGAAAUCUCAGAUCGAGCCAUUUAAAGACUUAUUUUGCUUCCUAUUUCAUACCAGGCAUUGUUUGACCAAACACGGGUUACGUCUGUGCAACUAUUACAUAGACCUUUGUACAAUAUUUCUCGCGUAUGGAUAACUCAGGUUUCAUAUCUAUAUCUUGUGUCAUGUUAUGCGUAGAUUUUGACUAAUCCACAACUAUGGGUUAAUUUUGUUUCCUGUUUUAUGUAAUGUGUGUGUGUCGGAUAAUCUGAUUAUGAUUGGGCAAUUAUAUUGUGUUUCGUGUGCGUCACGUCCCAUGUCGAAGUUUCAAUAGUUGGGCAUGAAUAUAAGAAACCUACUUAAUAUUCAAGGUGUCAGUACAAGCACAGGGAAUAUAUUUCAGCAUCUCUAAUUAUGAACAAGUGUCAAUUGUUUCAUCUUACAAAUAGACGGUACAAAGGAGUGACGUUCCAAUUUCAGUGAAACUUUGAAUAAUAUUCAUUCCUCUUUCCCCGAUUCAAUCGAAUGAAUCGCAGGCCGAGAUGAAUAUUUUGUUUUGUUUUGAUUCUUGUUGUUAUGGUUUUCAUAUUAAAAACUACCUCAUUUCACAUACGAAAUUGUUUACGGUCAUGAUGGGCAUGACAGUCAGACAGUUUAUUUUCAAAGACAAGCAAUUGUUCUGAGUCAGCUUAGCGGUCUUCAUAAGCAGAUUCUAUAUGAAACGACGUCUCAAGUUGUCUGUAGUUUAAGGCAUGGUUCAUAAUUAGGGAAAAUGUUAGUAACAGCUUUUUGUUUUAGUCUGUUUUGAAGAUUUUACCAUAUAUAGAUAAGUAUUCUUAUCGUAGCAUUGCGAGCACGAUGAAUGUCCCAGAGAUACAUAAGUCAUAAUUUCAGUCAACGGGUAUUUGUUCACAAUUACCUAAUUGAUACAUUGUAAGGUAGUAUUAAGUUCUGUUUUGCAACCAUAAUGAUUAGUAGAGAAGAGUAGUUCAUGAAAUAAUAAUUCUAGAUGACAUUAUGUGGAGUUAUAUAUUCCUAUUUCAGUUUCUUCAUUAAAUUAAACUUAGUUUAUGGUAUUUAUGAGAGAGAAACACUGUGUCUACUCGACCAAUCCGAUUGCAUGUACAAAGUUAGUCUGGCACUAAUAUCGUAGGAUUAUUCAUUAAAAAUGUUACAAAUAUACCUUCUUAGAUAUAAACUGCUAACAAGCUGAAAUAUUGAUUACCCCACAACUUCCCUGCACAUUUCAUAGCCCAAACGUGUUUGUGUUUCUUCGAUGUAUGUUUUCACUCUUCAGGCCAGACACUUUGUCAUUCGUGGUUCUCAACCGCUGUCAUUUACAUUGACUGUAUAUCAUGUUUAUGUCGAUUUGGUAUUGUCAUUCAUAGUUUCAAACUAUCUUGAUUCUUAAAACAAAUAUUUAGAUAUUAAGCCACGGUAACAUGUCAUGUUAAAUAUAGGAUGGGUGAGAAAGCAAUUACUUAAAUAUUAAGCCACGGUAAUAUGUCAUGUUAAAGAUGGGAUGGAUGAGAAAGCAAAUACUUAAAUAUUUAGCCACGGUAACAUGUCAUGUUAAAGAUGGGAUGGAUGAGAAAGCAAAUAUUUAAAUAUUAAGCCACGGUAACAUGUCAUGUUAAAGAUGGGAUGGAUGAGAAAGCAAAUAUUUAAAUUUUAAGCCACGGUAACAUGUCAUGUUAAAGAUAGGAUGGUUGAGAAUCAAAGAUGGCCAACUUGUACAUAGCAAGCACAUUACUUCACUUUAUUAUUUUUACCUCUCUACAACUGACUCCAUUUGGGGUACUCCUGGCAAACGUGGUGCAGAUUUAUACAUAGUUAUGCCUCCUUAAAACAUAUGUUUUGUUAUUUGUGAUGUCUCCCUUUCCAGAUAUUGUUGAAUUUGAUAUUUAAGAAAGAAACAUUUAGCUUGUUUUAUAUGGAGUAACUAUCCAUGCUUAAAUUUCAAUCUGAUUUUAUCCCAUUCGAUCAUAAUCAUUACGAGACAUUUAUGUCUAUUUAUUCACGAUUAAGCAGGAAACUGGACCAACUGAAAAAAACUGGAAUUUUUAUUAUCCAUUACCUUUAUUCAGCUGCCCUAACACUGUAUUUCAUAAAUCCCUUACCAGGAAAAUGCUAUCACGUUUUUGUUCAAGAUAUUUAUUCCUGGUUGUUUCAGUUUACGGUUUCGUUUGAAUAUAGACGUGUUUCUCUGUUUUCUGGUAAACAUUUUCCCGUUUUGUGCAUGUCCACGUGCAUGCCUUUAUGAACGACUCAACACAGGCUGCCUUGCGGGUUUCCAAGUGCUGUUGUUGAAUAAGUGGACGACCUACAAACGGGUUUUGUGCUUUUAGCGUAUGCAUACGUACCAUCUGUAUUAUUAAGGUUUUGGGUUAUCGUUGCCUUAAUUUGCAUUUUAAGUGCUGUUUCAUUUUUACUCUGGUGCCAUAGAUCGCGUCAUCUCUUAGUGCCUGGAUGGAAGCGUGCAUCUUCUUCCAAGUUAAAAUUCCAAGUGUCAUAUUAUUUUGUUUCAUAUGACAUCUCACUUAGUGAGAUUUAUCAUUUUUCUAACAUAAUCGGAAAAGUAAGGUAGUGCCAUAUUGUGGAUCUAAACAUCAUGUUGCGUGUGGCAUGUGACGAUUGCGGUAACUGUUUUACAAAUGUAUGUUUCUUUUUUAAAACAAGUGCUAUAAUUAUAUUAAUAUUCGUUGAAAUUAUCAUCCGGAAUUGUCGUCAUACAUUCUUCUGGAGUAUUAUGAGUCGAAAUGUAGUGUCUUAGAGCAUUUUGUUCUGCGGACCUGGAGAAUGGUAAGGCGAAGUAUUUCUUAAUGUUACUGUUUUUUCAUCCAAGGUUAUAGUACUAUGCUUGUGACACAUUCUGAUUGUUUAUGUUUUUAGCUUAACUAUAGAGUUAUUCAGUGUUCCUUUUACAAAGAAAUCCAAACUUAUUAUAUUAUUUUUAAAAGAAUAAUAUACCCCAAAUAAUAUAAUGUUUUAAUAAUCACAUUUUAAGCACAAAUUACAAUAGAAACUACCGAUGCUUGACAAUUACUAAGACAACGUAUGAUAGCAAAUUUAAUGUCAAGGUCGUAAUAUAACAGUCAGCUUUGAAACACAUGCUUGCAUAGUUGUAGUCAGAUGUUUUAAGUCUUUUGUCAUAGAAUUGAUCUAAUGCGUUUGCCUGAUCUACAUUCAUAUUUGAUAUGCAUGUAUGUCGUGAUUUGUGUAAUUAGGUUAAGCUAGACGUGUGUGAUUUAUUACAUCUCUAGUAGAAUGUAGUUUCUGUAGUCAUGGUUUAUUUCUUUAAAGUCAAAGUAGACUAAAUGUGUAUAAUCAUCUACAAAACGGGUUCAUAUGUGAAUAAGACGUGCUCUCUGUUCAGAAUUUGCCAUAUUUUGAUAGGUAUGUUACAUGGAUUUACAGAAAAGGUGGAUUUCCUCUUAGGAAAUUGAGUGGAAAAUUUCUGGAAUCAUAUAACUUUUCAGGUUGCCGCCUUUUCCCCACUGUUUUCAUUUCAUUGGAAAUUCAUAUGUUCAUGCUGUGUUAUCAAUAUUAUGUAUUUGUGAGACGGGUAAUCUUGCUAUUAACUAAACUAUUUGUUAAAUAUUGAUAUUAUUGACAUUGUGUAACACAAAUCACCUCAUAGGUUUGUUUCAGCAAAUCGGUCUAAUUUAUUAAAAAAACUAUUUCAUUCCAAUGUUAGCGAACACCGUUAUCUUGGACAUUUAAAGUAGUGUUGGCGACCAGCUGAUGUCAGGGACGACCUUUCGCGGCAGUGUACCAAUUAUCGUAGAUAAUUCAUACAUUUAUGUUUGUAUAUAACUUGUAAAACAUGUAAGUUUAGCCUGGUGUGUAUUGAGCACAUGGGGUUUGCCUGUCUAAGCCCAUCCCUUUCAGGGAGCUAUGUCUUCUAUCUACCUCGAGUACUAAUACACUUCACAUGCGUUUACCCAUCUCAUCAUUUGGUCGCGCAAAUAAAAUAUUUUUGUCGUCCA